AUAAUGCACAAGAAAUUUCUCUGACUCUUUGGAACGUCUCAUGGUUCCACAAUCAUUAGGACUUGGCAGAUGAUGCAUCCCAUCUCUUUUGAAUUUGGUGUCUAUCUCUCAAAAAUACUAUCUCUUCAUAAACCUCACCAUCUUAAACCCUACUAACUUGGGGCUGUCACAGAGUAAAUUUCCACCCAAUUUCUCUCUGAUUUGCCCCCAGGUGAAAAAUGAUUCACAACAUUCUUGGAACAUUAUUUCCAGCUACAAAACACUCAAUUUCAUGCAGGGGCAAUUUGUUGCUUCUUGAUUGGCUGUGUUCAAUGGAGCUAGUGGGUUUGGGACUAGUAAGAGGGAGGAAGCUUUGACAGGUAAUGUGUAUAGUACAUAACAUCAAACACACAACACAACUAAUGAGCAAUUGAUAUUCCAAUUUCAUUCAGUGUGAAGGAGUCCAGAUCCCACUUGUGGGAUUACACUGGUUACAUCCACAUUGCAGUUGGCAAUCUUCUAGCAUUUUAUGUUUUGAAGGGAACUUUUAAAUCAUCUGUGAAAUAAUGGCUCGGGGAAGUCAACCGCGCCCAAGCAACAAACCUGCAAUCAGAUACAGGUGUAAUCUACUUGAGGGAGCACUGUUUGAACUCACUGAUCUUGACCGAGAAAGUCAUGCCCCUAUUUCAUCCGAAAAUAAGGAGAACCCUAAAAAUUCUGAGUCUUCUGAAAUAAUGAGCACAAGUGAGCUCAUAACAGCAGUUGGAAGUAUAUGGGAUUCUGCAGCUCGCCCUCUUACACGGAUCCUAUCUAAAUCAAGAUCUAGAUGCAAUAACGCCGAUCACCAAGAAAACAACAAAUAUGGUUACUCCACUGCAGAUAAAAUUUCUGGCGCUUGUUUUUCAACUUAUGAUUUCCCAAUACCUGUCAAUGUGGAUAGUGAUACAGAUUCUUCACCGCUGGUGCUUGCAAAUGUGGAACGUCUGACAGCAAACCAGAAAGUCUUGUUCUUUGGUCCUCUUUUAGGAAAUUCUCCUCUGUUGAGUCUCCUCCAUGGCGGAUCUACCAUGCAUCCAGAUACUCGUAAAACAAAAAAUCUUGCCAAUGAUUUACAGAGUGUGUAUGGUUGGAUGCAUGAAAUAUCCUCACUGAAAGUUAAGCAUCAUUUAAAUUGUGCUAGUAUUGGAAGCUACGAAAGCAGAAAAUGUACCAUAGAAGACACGACAAACAGCCCUUCAAGUUGCUGCUCAGAUGUGGAUACAAUAAAUGCUGAUUGCCAGGCUGAUAUGGAAAAACCGGCUGGUUCAUUGUUAACUGAGAUUGCGAAGCACAAUGGGAUCAACAAGGUGUCAACCAGUAAUUCAUGUCUAGGGCACUAUAAUGAGGUUUUUCAUGAGAAAAAGUCAAACACGCUCGAGAUUCCUUGUUCUAAAAGUAAGUCAGUAGCCCAUGAGUACUCUCUUCCUCCAACUUGUUUUGCUAGUGUUGACGACAAAAUUGAUGCGAAGGAUCAGAUGUAUGAUUCUACAAUCAAUGAAAAAGUAGAACUGAAGGAAGAGCUCAGUUCUGAAGUACAGAUCUCCGUGGUAAAGGACAAGCCUCAUUAUGCACUUGCAAAACAAGAACAUGCUUUUGCAGGAGCAAUGGCUGGAAUUUUUGUCAGCCUUUGUCUUCAUCCAGUUGACACAAUUAAGACUGUUGUUCAAUCAUGUCACAAUCAUCAGAAACCACUUUAUUAUAUAGGAAAAUCAUUUAUUUCUGAAAGAGGAGUAACAGCACUUUAUCGGGGAAUUUCUACCAAUCUUGCUUCAUCUGCACCAAUAUCUGCCCUUUACACCUUUACAUACGAAUCAGUGAAAGGGGCUUUGCUUCCUCUUUUUCCUAAGGAAUAUCACUCUUUUGCACACUGCUUGGCAGGGGGUUGCGCAAGCAUUGCCACUUCAUUCAUUUUCACUCCAAGUGAGCAUAUAAAGCAACAGAUGCAAGUGGGCUCGCACUAUAAGAACUGCUGGAAUGCCUUAAUUGAGAUUAUAAGAAGUGGUGGUUUGCCUUCACUAUAUGCUGGAUGGAGAGCUGUACUCUGGAGGAAUAUUCCACACUCAAUCAUUAAGUUCUAUACAUAUGAAAGAUUGAAGGAGUUGAGGUUUUCAUCAGUUCAACUGGGCAAGCAAAAUGACACACUAAUGACGCUUGCCUGUGGCGGAUUAGCUGGAUCUACUGCUGCACUAUUCACAACUCCAUUCGAUGUUGUCAAGACAAGAUUACAAACACAGAUUCCUGGAUCUGGGACUCAGUUAGGUGUAUUUGGCAUACUUCAAGAAAUUGGAAAGCGUGAAGGUUUGAAGGGUCUAUACAGGGGCUUGAGUCCUAGAUUGAUCAUGUAUAUGACCCAGGGAGCACUUUUCUUUGCAUCUUAUGAAUCUUUCAAGAGGGUAUUUUCUUUGGAGGUCCCGCAGCCUAAAACAGAAACGGGUACAUAUGAACGUAUGGAAGAUGAUCCUGCAACAUUACCUUCACCAAGCUAACAAAGGAAAGAUCAGUUCAAGGUAGUGUAAUCUUGCAGCAAUGUUCCAAGUCAGAUAAUAUGCUUUCAAGAUUAACAUGGAUAUUUUCCUUUGGGCUGGAAGUCCAAACAGAUUAUGAAGGAAACUGAUGUGCUAACUACUGACUGGUUCUCUUAACACUUCAUAGAAGCAAGCUGGCCGAUUAUCCAUUGAAUUUUGAACCGUGCACCAGCUAGCCCUCGGGGAUUUCUCGGUUAUCAAAAAACAUGGGGGCAUUUUCCUCGAGUUUUAGGAAAUGAGAGGGGAAAUUGGAGAGGAUGUAGGGAUGCCUACUUUUGUACUAUAAUGUAGUUUUGAUAUUUAACAUUAACAUAGGCGGUCCGACUGAUUUGUAAUUGAUUAAUUGAUUGAUUGAUUGAUUAAUUUCUAGUGAGUCUGCAAUAAAGUAAUAAUUGCUUGUGUA